GAAACAAGACGAAAACCCAAACCAAUAAUUGGAAAUAACUCAAAAAAAUACGCAUAAAAAACAUCAACAAAAGAAAAUGUAUACUUGAACUGAAGGUGCGAACAAAUGUUUUGGAAAUGUGUGAACAACCUGGGCCAAGGAGCUGCAAUAGCCACAGUCACAGUCAAAGUUAUAAUAGCCAUAACGAACAGACAGCUCUAAACAAUUAUGAAAUUAAUAGUCUCUUAAUUGGCCGCGAUUAUUGAAAACAAAAAACAAAUACGAGUAUCGGCAGCACAUUGAACCAGCCGCCGAAUUGUGAACAGCAUUGAACUCGGUGAAAGCAAAGAAAAUACCGUGCAAAAGUGAAAAGUGAAAAGUGUGUGUGUGGGACAAACUUAGCAAAGAGUUUGGCAAAUCAAUUCGAUUCGCUUUGAUUCGACCUUCAGCAACAGCAACAGCAACAGUUCAUUGGCUGGCCAUGAAGCACGAGAAGAGUCUAGCGUUGACCGCUGCCUCCAAGCAGCGACAACAGCAGCAACCACACUUGUCCGAUGCCUCCAAUCCACGCAGUCCCAUCACCAAGGCCUUUGACUUUCUUCCCUGGCCACGAAGUCGCAGCAAAGCAUCAUCUGCUGCCGCUGCAGCGAUUGCAACUUCAACAGCAGCGUGCAGCAAACUGGGGGAACAAACACAAGCGAUGGGCGACAAGCCAGCCGAAGUGCAUUAUCACAGGAAUAUCUUUCGAAGCGGCGGCGGACUUAUACGCGACAUGCUCGUCGGGGACAAGGACAAACCGCAUAAGGAGAAGCCACCGCAAUCACCGCUCUCGGUGGCCAAGAAGGCGCAACGCAAACAGAAGCAGCUGGCACGCAACAAAAGUCUCGACAUACGCGAACUAAUUGGCUGCGUGGAGAAUGAGAACGAGCUGGCGCCUCGAGCUUUGGUGCAAUCCUCGUUGGCAGCGCAGCGUUUCCUCGAUGACACCUAUAUCGACAGUAAGCCGCGACACAUACUCUUCAACGACGACGAGAACACGGUGUAUCUCAUCAAGAAGGAGCAGCCGGUGGCAGCGAGCAAAGCGCAGCAUAAGCCGCAGCAGCCCACGAGCAAUGGCAACAGCAAUGGCAAUGGCAACGGCGAUGUGCUGAAGGCGCGUCUCAAGUUCAAGCGGUUGCCCAGCGACCAUUACGCUGCCUCGCCGGAGGCGUUGCGUCGUGCACAGCAGCUGUAUCAACGCUCCGAGCAGCGACACAUGUUGCAGCGUCGCAAGAGUCUCAGUGAUGGUUGCUCGCAUUACGAGCAGCAGAGCAGCUCGAGUCUGAGCAGCGGCGGCAGCAAUUCAGCUGGAGGCAUUAUGCUGGAGCGGCCCAAGACGGAUAAGCCGCGUAAGAAGCUCUCUUUCAGGGAGCCCAUCGAGGCGGGUCUCUCACCAGUUGUCGUGCUGCUCGCCGAGCAGCAGCAGCGCAGAGCAGGACAACAACGACAACACCAGCAACAACAUCAGCAACAACAACAAGAACGUCAGCGACGUCGCAGUUCGCCAUUGGAGCGCACAUCAAUGGGGCACUGUGGGUCGGACUGUGAUAAUUUAUGCAAUAAUCGCACAAAGGAUGCAAUUUCCUGCGCCGGCAAUGCGGCAAGUGAUCCCGAGUCUCAGGCCAUGCGCAUUGUGCGCACCGUCGGACAAGCCUUUGAAGUGUGCCACAAAUUUAAUCUUCAUAAGAAUUCCCUGGAGCCCAAUGACGAACGCUCCGAUGUCUCAUCGUCGGAGCUGCUCGAUGUGGAGCAAAUCAGCGAGCAACAGCUCAGCGACGAUGGCGGACUCUGUGUCCUCGCCAGCGAUACGCCAAAGAAAGAUCACUUGGCCAUAACGCCCGAUUUGAACCACACGCAACCACAGAGGCCAAACCACUUGGAGCUGCUGCCAACACAGUCGAGUCUACGCAAAUCGCCCAACUUGCUGUGCGAUGUGGAGGACAAAUCACCAGGAUCGCCGUCAUCACCGCGCACUGAGAUUACACAGCUGAAGGAUCAGCUGGAGGCACAGGCACAGCAGACGCGUCAGGCAUUGGGACAAUUGAUGCUGGUGCGUGAGCAGCUCAUCUCGGAGACAAAUGCGCGCAUCGAGGCGCAGGCGCGCACUCAACAGCUGCUGCAACAGAAUCGAGAGCUACUCGAACAUCUCGCCUCUUUGGGAGCCUACAACGAGCAACAGAGCGCCGGGCUGACCUCGGCGAACAUUGGAAUGGCACCACAGCUUUCGUCGACGGCUAAAGUGGCUCGAUGGUUUCAACAGCUGCCCUGGCAUACCGCCUCAUUGUCUCGGCCCGAAAGCGGUUUCGUAUCCGGCGACUCACGCUCUGAGAAGUAUCAGGAGGAUCAUUUCUAUGGCGGCAUGGCGGUAAAGGAAACGGAUGAUUUAUGCGAUGAAUUUCUGCUCGUCGAGGGCAGCAGCACCAUUUGGACUAAGUUAAGCGCCAAAAAGCGUCGUAAAUUGCUUGGCAUGCGUUUGGGCAAAGUGACAACAUUUUGAACAUUGUCCCCGCAAAUGUUUCCCAUCUUCCCCAAGAACCAAGUAAUAACCACUACCAACCGUAAUGUGUGCGUUUAUUAGCUGUUAAGUGAGUAUUUUUCGUAGACAUAGCCUUAAGCAAUGGCAAUUUUUAAGGCCAGCUACACGAGAUAGAAUAGAUAGAGAUGUAAGUUAGUUAAUAUGAAAAUCAAUAGACUAAAUGACCAAAUUAACCCAAACGAACGACAUGCUCAUUGAAAUGCCAUGAACACUGACUCACACUCACACACACAUUCACAGACACUCAAGCUCACAAGAGAUGGAGAAAAAAGCAAGCGAAAGGUAUGAAUAAGCUUAGCUAUAAGUCAAUUAGCGAGCAUAAUGCUUAAGCUCAAUGUGUAUUUAAGUAUUAAUAAACUAAGUGAAAGUAUUUCGCAUGUAAGACACAACGUCAGCCAGCCGAAAGACAGACAAGCUUUCAGGCAGCAGCCAGGCAAUUCAUUAGGUGGACAAAACAGGUCGCAUUUAUCAUACGCCCGUGGCACGAACCACGAAACAUAAUAAAAGCCCCUCCAAUUGCUGCUUAACUUGGCCAACUUUUCAUGUUUGAGAAAAACUGGUUAUUAAGCUAAGCAAACAUUCACACAAGCGUAAAAGGGAGAAAAGGAAAUGGAGAAACGGUAGAGCAAAAACACUGCAGCUUCCUUACGGAUUUGACUUGCUGGAAAAUAUAUCGUAUGGCAAAGCAAAUAAGCCAAGCCUGGCAAUGGCAACAAGGACACACACACACACAUACACACCGAGACCACACAUUGUGGAUUGUGUUGUGUGUGCACGCAAAAUGUUUGUUAUUCAUAAAUUUUUCAGCAUCAAGCAUUUUAUGCAUAAAUCGAUGCCACUUUUAUGUGGUCGUGUGUGUGUUCGUAUAUUUUCGGGGAGUAACUCUAUAAAUUUACUGCAGCUGCGGCACCCACAACACACACACACACACACAAACACACUGAAACUAACAAUUGCCUGGCGGGUAAAAUUGGCGUACAAGUGAUUACCACACUGCGAGUGGUUUUGAGUGGGUUUUAAGGGGAACUUCGCAAAGCAGGUAGAUAGUUUAAACAUUUCAACAUUCGAUAGUUUUAAAACGAAUUUAAAUUUAAUUAAACAAUCAAACUAGCUGAAUAAGUAGCUUAAGCGAACCGACGAUUUUCCUAACGAUUUUAGGGCAUUUGAUUUCUCAUUUUAACAUAGCUAAAACCAAAAAAAACAAAUUAAAACAAAAUUCGCAUUAAAAUUAAAAUAAUGUACGUAAAUGGUUUUAGUUAAUUUAUGCAACAAUUUUUGAGACUGAAACUGAAAUUUGUACUAAGCAUAAAUCGUGCGAAAGAAAGAGAUCGAAAAACAUGCGCACACACACAUACAUAUGUCACACACACAAACACACACACACACAUUCCAUGAGCAUUUUUUUUUUGCAAAAAGAAAAGCUAUUUAAUAUUAGAUUAAUUCUAUUUUAUGUCAUUAAGUUCAGGCAACAAAAUAAAGUGAAUAAAAAAAAUAAAAUGCACACAUGCA